AUUUAAUUUAUUAUUUCUUUAUCAUUUCCAUUAAACAUAUUUAAUUAUACACAACAAGUUUGGUGAAACUAUAUUGAAUUGAUUAAGAUAAAAAUGGAAAUGUCUGCUUGCGUCAUUGAAAUUAUUAUGCAUGAAUGAUUAUUUUAAUAUUCAGAUACUUUGAGUUUGAAUUGCAAACUCAAUUGUAACUACCUACAUAUUGUCUAGUUCGUUUUCAUGCUACGUCAAUAUUCUACAAUUAUAUAAUAGAAUUUACACGGAUUCCCGCCAAAUCAUACUUUAACAGAUUCGGUAUAAUUAUAGUUAUUAAAAUUUGGAGCAUCAUUAAUUAUUACAAUGAAAGACGGAAGCAGAUUGUUGUCAAUCCUUCUGAAAGUUUCAGAAAAAGCAGCAAAUAUUGCAAGAGCUUGUAGGCAUAAUAAUGCCUUAUUUAAAUUGCUUGUACAAGAAAAGUCAGAGGCAGAAAAGAAUCCACGCUUUUUCCAAGAUUUCAAAACUUUGGCCGAUGUUCUUAUCCAAGAAACGAUUAAACAUGACAUAGGAUUAGAGUUUCCAGAACUCGCUAAGGUAGUACAAGGAGAAGAAACUAAUACAUUCAGUAACGCCAUGGGUGAAUCUAUAGUGGUUAAAGUAUGUCCAACUAUUGGAGAAACUACUCAACUAUUAGCCAAAGUGAUGGGUAGUGAUAUUGCAACUGCUGAAUUAUUAGCUACUGAAGUUCAUAAGGAUGUCCAAUUUUUAGAUAUUCCAAUGGUAGCAGAACUACCUUUGGGUUUUGAUAUUGACAUUUAUGAUCUUGGUAUAUGGAUAGAUCCAAUUGAUUCAACUGCUGAUUAUAUAAAUGGAGGUGAAAAGGUGGAUGAAGCCACUGGUGUACAUAUGAGUGGUUUACGAUGUGUCACUGUUUUGAUUGGAGUAUAUUUAAAAAGCACAGGCAUACCAAUUGUGGGAGUAGUCAAUCAACCUUUUUAUACUAAUGUGGAUUUGCAAUGGAAAGGCAACUGCUAUUGGGGAUUUGUAGAAAACAAUGUUAAAACAUGUUCUAUAAUGGAAGAAUUCACUGACAAAAAAAGAAUCAUUCUGAGUAGAGUUGAAGAUGAAAAUGUGAAAUGUAAACUUUUAGAUGCUGGUUUCACUCUAGUAGAAGCAGCUGGAGCUGGUUAUAAAAUAUUAAGCGUCGCUCUUGGUCAGGCCGAUGCUUAUAUUUUAUCCAAAGGAUCCACAUAUAAAUGGGAUACAUGUGGUCCACAAGCUCUUUUACGUUCUUUAAAUGGAGGUAUUAUUGAAUUUCAAGAUUUUGUAAAUAAUCCUGAUACGAAUUAUAUAGAUGUAAAAUAUUUAUCCACGUCCACCAAUUUUUCGAAUAGCAAUGGUUUGAUAGCAUAUCGAAAUUUUGAAACUUUGCAAACAUUAAAGUCGAUUUUAUGCAAGUAAUGAUACUAUGCCACAUAUUUAUUCUGUUAACUAGAUGUUAAUGGUGUUUGGAAGCUCUUUAAUUCAUGCUGCAUUCAUUAUUAAAAAUCCAAUUUUAUUUAUUUAUUUUUAAUUUUAAUGUUUUUAAUUUUUUAAUUAUUCGAUAACAGAAGUGUUAAAUGUUUAUCACGUAAUUGUAAAAUUGAAAGCUUUUAAACUACUUAGACAAAUGUUUAUUAUAUUUAAUGUAUAUUUUAUUAUUGAUUUAAUAAUUCUAAAAACAAGUCAUUCUCCUGUGAUGUUUAUGUAAGCUAACUCCCAUAGUUGUGCUUUCACUUUUAUCAAAAUAGAUUUUAAUAGGUUUCAACUCAAGGUAAGAUUUAAUCAAAUAAUUAUUACAUAUAAUUUUAACGUCAUAAAUUCAAUGAAAACAGUUUCAACUAAAAAUUUUAGAAAUUGAAAUCCAGUACAUGAAAAUUAAGUAUAGCUAUUAAUAAUACUUAAACUGAAAUAGGUGAACUUCAUUUGAAUUUUUAAAUAUUUGUUG